AGGAACGCUUCUUCGUGUACACGACCAACGUGUCGCCACCACGUCUAUCGCCGCUGCCGACGAUGGUGCCCGCUAUAAAUCCGUCCGCAGCCUCAUCUUCCCAAACCCCAACCAGUUGAAUUGAAUGAUAGCAUUCGCUAAAAUCUGCAAAGCGCACACAGCCGAAGCUCGAGCACCUACUGUACUAGACAUGCAGGCCGGGAGGAGCGCCAUGGAGGCCACCAAGGAGGCGGCGGCGAACGUGGGCGCCUCCGCCUGCUCCGGCAUGGAGAAGACGCGGGCCACCCUGCAGGGGCAGGUGGACAAGGCCACGGCGCACAGCGCCGCCGACAGGGAGGCGGCCGAGACGAGGACGCGGGAGCGCGUGCACGGCGCCGAGGAGGUCAAGCGGGACGCCAUGCUCGCCAACGCCGCCGCCAAGGAGCGGGCCAGCGCCGGGGAGUACCACCCGUCGCAGGGCGCGCCGGGGAUUGUGCCGGGCGGCGCCCCCGUUGGCGGCCACGUCGAGGCCGGCGUGGCCCAGAGCCGGCCGCUCGGCGCCGCCACGGGCACCGGGAGGCCCAGCGCCGCCCAUAACCCGCGCGUCGGCGGCGGCGCCGCGCCGGCGACCGGCACCGGCGGGCAGUACCAGUGAGGACGUAGGAGCACGGCCAUGUAUGUAUGCGCGCGUAUGUAACCGGUUCAGGUGUAUCAGUAUCAGUGUAGCAGAGCAAUAAUUAUCUCCCGACGAUCA